UGUUGGAAUUUUCCAAAUAGCUUUUUAAAUAAUUUAAAGAAUUAAAAAAUCUGUAUAAUGACGCGACAAAGUGAAUACAACCCCAUAACUCAAAGGAAUCUAUAAUUAAAUAAAUUUUAAUUUGUGAGGUUAGGUGUCUUCAAGGCUCAUAUAUGUGUCAAAAAUUGUAAUAGUUUGUGUUCCAACGAGAAGGUGUCAAAAUGUCAACUUUGGAAUACUGCCAACGAAUCGCAACAGGUGGAAAAAAAUUGAAAAACGUACAUCACUGUAAACUAUGUCCAUACUUUACAACAUCGCUCUUCUUUAUGGUGACCCACAUCAGACGACACCGUUCAUCUCCAGAAAAAUUUACAUGUGAAAACACCAAAAUUGAAUCGUAUUAUUGCAAAGAGUGUGAUUUUAAAACCGACCUAACGCUUUUAUUCAAACAACACAUUAGUAAACAUUGCGGCCUUAAAAGACAAUCAAGUGAGGACCUCCACAUACAAAAGUACGUUUGCGAAAAGUGCGACUUUGAAACUAAUUUCUCAUUAAAGUGGCUCCAGCAUACUUUGACAUGCAGGGGGAAUAAGCGUUGGCAUUACUGCGCAAAAUGCCCCUACAAAACUGAAUUUAAAAAUGGUUUACGACGUCACAGAGAAAAAAUCCAUGUAACUAAGUGGCACGCAUGUGACAAGUGUCCAUAUAAAAGUAGAUAUAGAAGAGAUUUAAAAAUCCACAUAAAUCAGAUCCAUUUGGGUGAUGAAGAGGCUGAAUGGCACCAGUGCGAAAAAUGCCCUUAUAAAACUCGAGCAAAAGGCAACUUAAAAAAGCACAUAACUUUCGUACAUUUGAACGACAAAGACGUGAAAUGGCACCAAUGCAGCCACUGUCCAUACAAGAGCAGAAUAAAAAGCAAUUUAAAAACCCACAUAAUUUUUUUACAUUUGAACAAAGAAGAAGUUAAGUGGUACGAAUGUGCCAACUGUUCGUAUAAAAGUAAACGAACGAACGAUCUAAAACAACAUAUAACCGUGCGCCAUUCAGACACCAAAUCGUAUCCGUGCAAAUUUUGUCCAUACAAGGCAAAAUUGAAAAGUUAUUUAAAUCGUCACAUGAAAUGCCGCCAUUCAGAUGACGACGAUGUUAAAUGGUACGAAUGCGACCAGUGCCCCCUUAAAACUAAAUUAAAAGACAGUUUAAAAAAACACAUAAAUGCAAUUCACUUGAUUGGAGGCGACGCUGAGUGGUUUGAAUGCGACCAGUGUCCAUUCAAAACAAAAAUCAAAGGAUCUUUAAGGAAACACGUAGUUGCUAGACAUUCAGACGAAGACAAAAUUAAAUGGUACGAAUGCGAAAAUUGCACAUUCAAAACUAAGCAGUCGUCGCAUUUAAAAAAUCAUAUAAAAUAUCGACACUUGGAUGACGAGAAGGUUAAAUGGUACGAAUGCGAAGAGUGUCCCUAUAGGAGUAAAUAUAACUCAAAUUUGAAGAAGCACGUGAAUUUUCAACAUUCAGAAAAACCAGAAUGGUACGAAUGUGCCAACUGUUCGUAUAAAAGUAAAGAAAAAAUUACGUUAAAAAUACAUAUAAAUUUACACCAUUCGGAUAAUAAACCAUAUAAGUGCAAGUAUUGUCCAUAUAAGGCGAAAUUGAAAAGUUAUUUAAAAAAUCACGUGAAUAAUCGACACUCAAACGGAACGAAUGUGAAGUGGUACAAAUGUGAAGAGUGUCCUUUCAAAACUAAAUAUAGCUCGAAUUUUCGUAAACACAACAAAAUACACGUGCAGUUGUAG